CAUACACCUACAACAGCUGUUCCUGAUUUACCGCCAGGCUAUCUGUGUAACAAGGAGUUAUGUCGCAGCGAUAUGUACUGUCAUAUUGUGAAAUAUGAUGGAGUGGCUACAAGCAGAUGUCUUGUCAUAAAUGCAAUAAAACCUUGUCAGUCGUAUAAAGAUGUUGAAGACAAUGGUUGUAUAUGCCAUAACACUAGCUGUUCAAUCAAUAUAUUGGCAGAAUUUUCAGUUCAUAACCCAGAAACAACCACAACAACGACUACAACAACGACUACAACAACUCCUACCACAACUCCUACCACAACUCCUACCACAACUCUUACCACUACUCCUUCCACUACAACUCCUUCCACAACUCCUUCCACGACAACUCCUACCACAACUCCUACCACGACAACUUCUACCACAAUUCCUACUAAAACUCCUUCCACAACUCCUACCACGACCACUCUUACUACAACACCUACAACAACUCCUACCACAACUCCUACUACAUCUCCUACCACGACAACAACUUCUGCAACUACCACAAUGACAGGUCCAAGGACUUGUCAUAUAUGUGGAGAUACGUCUUUACCAGUUCCAUGCAGCAGUAGGCAAAUUGGAAGAGAUUUAUCACAAACCUGUAAAACUGGAGAAAACUACUGCAUGACAGAUAUCGUUCGAGAUGACCAAGGCAAUGUUGAUGUUUUCAAAAGAUGCGUUGAUUUAGCUACAUGUGAAAAGAAAUGGAUAACAGAGUCGGCCGAUCUAGAUUAUUGUAAACGCUAUGGAGUAGUGAAAAAUCCGUAUGCCUUUUCAUGUCAUUUUUGUUGUACCCAAGAUAAAUGCAACUCUAUGUUAGUUCCGAAUACAACCACGUGGUAUACUAAGACCAAUUAAAAUGGGAAUUCUUGUUGCUACAAAGCCAAUAAAAAGUUAAUAACGA